AGAGGUUGCGAUUGCUUGAGAGGCAAAAAUAGUAUCCAGAGCUGCAUACAGAAAAAUGCCAGCUCAUGAUUCUAAUCCAAUGAGGUUUUAGUGGGCUAUGAAACAGCCCGUUUGAAGAUGAAAAGGUUCGCGGCUCUACUGGGGCUCAGCUAGGCAUUCGAUGGCCAAGCAUUCGAUGGUAACGGCAAGGGCUGGAUCUCGAAAUUUGUCGGUCCAGCCGUUUCUUUUCCUUUUCACAUAUUCUCUUACACAAUCACAUCCAACUGCCCUCCAAAAAUGUCGAACAUUAGCACUGAAGAAUUAUUAAAGCGACUUGAUGAUCAACAUCAAGCUUACCUUGAGACAUUUAGGCUUGUCCAUGAAGCCUUGAAUAAUAACGUUACCAGUCCGAGUCCUAUCAAUGCAGCAACACAGGGCCCCAGCUCCAUUCGCACUUUUACAAAACGACGAAGAAGAUCUACCAAAGACGAUGGUAACAUACCAGAAAUACGACCAUCAACACUUCACAGCUCUGUCUUGUCAGGAGACAGUGACGAUAGCGAUGACGAUGACGACUUAUAUGUUCAGACACCGCUCAACUCAUUCCAAUAUGGCGAGGAACAGUUACGGAAGCAUUUCAGAUCUUACAACUUUACGGAUGCUGGACACACCAUCUUAGAAAGUGUGAUUACGAAGAAUGGAAGACUUCUAGAUCCUGUUCUGUUCCCGGAUUAUCAUAGAGCCGAUCGGUUUCAUAACUCCCACUAUUCUGUGUUUGAUGUCGGAAAAGAUGGGGCUCCUCUAUCGAGAAAAGAUGUAGUCAAACCUGGUACGACUAAGAUUGAUUCUGCUAUAUGGCAAGCGGUUAAGGUGAGCCAAGGUACCAACUUUAAAGUUGUCAUCGCAACUAAGAUAUUGAGCGUAGGAUUUAAAUAGCGAUCCCGAAUCACUUCGACCAGCUGUUGGCAGGAUAACGUGAGUCUUGGUGCCGCUUCCCAAGCUGGAUAUCAAUGUAACUGACUGACACCCUCAAAGAAUCGUUCGAGAGCCAUCUCCUGUCAUAUUCGGGGCCUUACAUCUCACAUUGAAUAAGACUUUCGACAUGGAUGAAUUAUUCAAUUAUCUAGUCUCUGGCGAAGGUACAUCUGUAUGUGUUCAAACUACCAAUUUUCUUCUCCUGCUUACAUGCUAGGCCAACAUAAUGCGACGUCCAUUUUCCAUUGACAGCCGGCAACAAAAGUCUUUUGUUUUCAACUUUGAAUACUGGACAAUCGUGGGGGAAGAGUGUCAACCAAUGCCGUGGCAAUUGGCUGACAAAAGACCGAGUACUUCAAAGGACCAUAUUCCAAUAUCGAGAUGCAAUUCAGUCGUGGCUCUCUCCUUAUCUGGAGAACCAAUCCGGAAAUUGAGGAAUCCCGCUAGGCGUGCCAGGACAGACUAUGGGUAUGUCUAUGAUCCAUGGGCAGCAUGGCAUGUUCUCAAUAUGCAAUGUUAUCCCGACCAUCGUCACACUAUGGAUGUUCAUGAUUCAACAAAACAUUAUGUCAAUGGACCAGAAGCAUUCCUUCAUACUCUUCUGUCGGAAUUUAAAGAUGCCGAGAAGAGAUUCGAGGCAAUAUAUAUGAAAAUUAGCAAGCUCGUAUCACCACCAGUAAGUCAGGCUUUAGAUUUCGAAAAAUUUCAACUCAUGCUAAUCAAAACUGCAGGCCGAUUUUAUGUUUGAUGGUGAACUCAGAGACAAAUUACUUUUCGAAGAUGAGGAAUUUACCUACUCCCGCCGAUAUUUCUGGGCCUAUCAAACACUUGGUCUAUUAAAGAACGGACUAAAAACCAUAAUGGAUAGCUACGAAGAUACGUUUACCGAAGAUGUUUGGGAAGGAAAACACAAAACACUAUGGCCGAUGUUAGAUCCGGACACUCACCGAAAUAAAUACUGGGCAAAACGUAUGCAAAAACUGAAGCUAGAUUUCGAUAAGCAGAUGUCUAAUCUGUUCAAACUUUACGAAGAAACGGAUGAGAAGAUGAAGGAGAUCAGAACAUUGAGGGAUCAACUUUUCUCGGGUACAAGUGUUUUGGAAAGUAGGAAAAGUGUGGAGAUGGCAGCAGUGACAAUAUUACAAGGUCAUAAUAUUAAACUCUUGACUAUGGUUUCAAUAUUCUUCCUUCCACUUACAUUUGUAACCUCUGUCUAUGGUAUGACGAAUAUGAGCACUGCUCAAAAUUUUACUCCAUUCGGAAUAACGAUGGUAACUGUCUGUGUUCCAUUUUUCUUUUUGGUUGGAGCGCUGAACACAACUAGUGGGAUGCAGUUCUGGAGAGUAAGAUGGUAUAGAUUUUUGGGAUGUUUUGGACAACAGGGCAUUCAUUCAUCAUCUUCGUCUUCAGCAACCAAGAAAAAUUCAUUAUUGAUGGGAGGUAUGUAUAUCCCAAAUGAGUAGCAACGAGCUUACAACAGGCGCUAACAACUUUAAAGAUCCCACUCAACCCAAUCCGGUUAGCAGCACCAGCGCCAUAGCAAUUGCUAAUGAUAAAGAAAAAUCUCUACCAUAUUCCUACUCUAUCACUACAGCACAAUCUCUUGCAGCUCGCAAGGAACUUACUUCAAACCUUGGUCAUGAUUCCCCACCAAAGUCACCAUUUUUGCCGUCAACCACACCUUCAAGUAUGAAUUCCAUUCCAGAGAAUUCAGUCACAAUGCCUAUGACUUCACGUACACCUCCACCUAGAGCGAAAUAUACAUCUAUUUCGUCAAUUGAUACAAUUACAGCCAAGACAGGUCCGAGGCCUAGUUUAACGAGAAGUGCGAGUUGGUGGGAUAUGGUUCUAAAAAAAGGAAAGAGGACCAUCAGUGAUAAAGGGAAGGAUUUUGGUGGGGUUUGAGAAACAGGCAAUCUCGGUACGUAGAUAGAGUAUAUAUAUAAAAGUUUGUAUUGCAUGGGAAGCUUUUGCAAGCUUAUCGUUAGAAAUAUUAUGAGUUUCCCGAGAGCCAGCCUAUUACCUUAUAUUCUCAUUCGGAUGCUUAUGCGAGGCAAGUCUAUAUAC